CUUUCCUCCCCGCGCUCCACCGCGCACCGAUCUCUGCCCCACCCUCGCCGGCCGGCGAGCCGAGCCGAACUGGGCGCGCCAUGGUCACCGCGCGCAAGGGCCGCGGGGGAGGCGGAGGACCUCCCCGCCCCCGCGCCGUCGACGGCAGCGGAGGGAGCAUGGCGUCGCGCGUGGCCGUGCUCGCGUUCUGCGUCGCCGGGAUCUGGUCGGCGUACAUCACCCAGGGCGUCCUCCAGGAAACUCUGUCGACGAAGCGGUUCGGGCCGGAGGCGCGGCGGUUCAACCACCUCGCGUUCCUCAACUUCGCGCAGAACGUCGUCUGCUUCGUCUGGUCCUUCAUAAUGAUUAAGCUGUGGUCGAGUGGUGGGAGCUCCGCCGGCCGCGCGCCGCUGCGGAAGUACUGGGGCGUCAGCAUCACCAACACCAUCGGCCCGACCAUGGGGAUCGAGGCGCUCAAGUACAUCAGCUACCCUGCUCAGGUCCUGGCAAAAUCUUCUAAGAUGAUUCCAGUAAUGCUGAUGGGAACUCUAUUAUAUGGUGUCAAGUACACAUUUCCGGAGUAUAUUUGCACCUUUCUUGUUGCUGGGGGUGUGUCAUUCUUUGCGUUGUUGAAGACAAGCUCCAAGACAAUCAAGAAGCUAGCUAACCCUAAUGCACCUCUUGGCUAUACAUUGUGCUUCCUCAACUUAGCUUUUGACGGUUACACCAAUUCGACCCAAGAUUUAAUAAAGUCUAGGUACCCAAAGACUAAUCCAUGGGACAUAAUGCUUGGCAUGAACCUCUGGGGGACCAUAUACAAUGCUGUGAUUAUGUUUGUUGCUCCAUUACUAUUCAGUAAUUGGCCUUACGCAAACGGUUUUGAAGCAUUAAAAUUUUGCCAGGAGAACCCGGAGGUGGCAUGGGACAUUAUCCUGUUCUGCCUAUGUGGUGCUGUGGGUCAGAAUUUCAUCUUCCUAACCAUCAGCCGAUUCGGCUCUCUUACUAACACUACCAUCACUACCACCCGCAAGUUCAUGAGCAUUGUCGUCUCAUCUGUCAUCAGUGGCAACCCACUGUCGUUGAAGCAAUGGGGAAGUGUUGUGAUGGUCUUUUCUGGUCUGUCUUUACAAAUCUUUCUCAAAUGGAAGAGAAAGAAGGUCAGAGACCACAAAGAAUGAGUUUAAUGUUUAAACUUGCAGUUUGUAGCUUCGAUUGGACAUAUUUGUUGUUGACUAUCUGGAAAAGUUUUACAUCGAUAAAGAAAAACUAAAAAGCGGGUAGUUUCUCUCCUACAGGAAGAAGAUGCAACGAAUUGUAUUGCAUUGAGUAGUACAAUUGUAUGGCGCCCUGUAUUUUUGUUCUCUCCGUGAAGAAAUCGCUAAUUAUCAAAGUGAUAUUUAUGUUGUGCCACUGAUACUCAUUGUCAUAGUGUGAGAUUUAUGUUUGCCCCUAAGUCCAUGCUAUUAUGUCCCCAGACAUAGUUG